AUGCAAGAAAUCAACGAGCACCCAUUCGACGAUUUGAUCAUUAGUAAAAUAUUAGAAUAUCUAUCCUCAUCCACAUUAGAAAUCAUCAAUUUAGGACAAGUUUGCAAAUCAUUCCGAAGAAUUUGUCUUCAUCCUUCCACAAAAUUAUCAUUUUCCAAUUAUUUAUCCAAAAAUCGUGAUGAAAAUUGUGAUGAAUACAAUGAUCAUGAUACAGUGAAGGAAUAUUUACCAUUUAAUUGGGAAGCAUGUUUCGAUUUUUUACAAUAUUUCACAACGAUUGAUUUGGGAUGUCAAUUUGGGAUGCCAGAUGCAAUGGAUUAUAUUGUUAAUGUGGCACUUGCAUCGACGAAAAUUGAAGAAUUAUAUUUGAAAAAUUGUGAAAUUUAUGCAUUGACUAAUGUAAAUUGUAAAAUAUCGAGAUUGGAAUGUUGUCAAGUUGUCGUUCCAUUACAAUUUGAAAGUAUUAUUCAAUAUUUUCCUUAUUUGAAACAUUUAAAAGUUGAAGAUUGUCAUGUCCAGUUGGAAUGUUCACCAAAAUUGCAAAUGAUAUGCGAAUGCUUGGAAAGUUUAGUUGCAAUUGAUUCGUUGAAAGAUUUAUUUACAAUUAAUAUUCAAUUUGGUCAAUUAACAGAAUUGACAUUUAUUUCAACGUUUGAACAGGAAAUGUAUUUUGAGAAAAUUGAUUAUUGUAUGAAUUAUGAAAAUUUUCCAAAAUUGAAAAAGUUAACUUUGAAAGUUCCAUCGAAAUGCAUUCAAUUAGAUUUACCAAUUUUGGAAGAAUUAGUAUUGGAAGCAGAAAUAGAUUAUUAUGAUUUUCGAUCAAUGCACACAAUGCUUAAAUUAGAAAAUUUAAAAAAAUUGGAAACUACUUCUUUCGAUGUAUGCAAAGCCAAUUUAAUUGCUCCAAAUUUGGAAACUUUGAUCAUUAGAGACGAAUUUAACAUUGUAAAAUCGUGGAAUAUUAAUCCGAUUCCCCAAAUCGAUAAAUAA